AUGUCGACAAAACCGCUCUUGGACGGCUAUAAGCUGUAUCCCGAGCACGAUCUCUCCCAGUUUCCCGAAUCGCUGAGGGGAAAGCGCAUCUUGCUCUGCACCGAAUCGUUCGGUCCCGUCAAUGGCGUCAGCAGAACGACCCUCAUGCUCGUGACGCACCUGCGGGAGCACGGCGCGCAGGUUGCUGUUGUUGCACCUCACAACCACACAAAACACAACACAUUUUCACCCCCGCCAUCGCCCAACUUGGGUCCCGCCGACCAGCAGCCCGAGGUGCGGGUUACGGGCUAUCCGCUACCCUUCAACCCGGAGCUGUCCAUUGUUUACCCCGUCCGCAACUCGACCCUAUACUCGCGGACGUUUGGCGACGACUCGCCCCCGGACCUGAUCUACCUCGCGUCCCCGGCCAGUCUAGGCUUCCAGGUUAUGCUCCAGUUGAGACAGCAGCCAAAGGAGAACCAGAUCCCCGUCAUAUGUAACUUCCAAACCGACCUCGCUGGCUACUGCUCCAUCCUGUUCCCGGCGCCACUCAGUCACAUCGCCGUAUUUGCCUUUGCCGCGGUCCAGAGCUACCUCUUUCGUCACCCUUCCGUCAAAACCAUAUUCUAUCCGUCGCGCUUUGUCAGGAGGUAUCUCAUCAGCCAAAACGUCCAGGAGAAGAAGCUCGACCUCCUGGCGCGCGGGGUCAACACGGAGCUCUUCAACCCCAAGAGCCGAAGCGAGCAGCUUCGCCGAGAAAUUGCGCCAAACGGGGAAACCAUCUUCGUUACCGUGUCCCGCAUCGCCGGCGAAAAAGGCUUCGAUUUUCUAUCCAAGGUUGCCAAGGAAAUGGACGCCCGUGGUUUGCCCUUCAAGUUUUACAUUGUCGGCGGAAACAGGAAUGCGGACGUGGAAAAGGAGGUCCAGGAACUUUUCGAUCCGCUCAGAGAGCAGGGCAAAGUCGUAUUUGCGGGCUUCAAGGUGGGCGAGGACCUCGCAACGGCCUAUGCCAGCGGCGACGUAUUCCUCCACUGCUCCGUUACAGAAACCUUUGGUCUUGUUGUGCUAGAGUCCAUGGCUAGCGGCGUCCCGGUUGUUGCGCGGGAUGAGGGCGGGCCGUCGGAUAUUGUUCAGCACGGCGAGACCGGCUUCCUAGUCCCGCCAAACGACCUGGAUGGGUUCGUCGCCAAGGCCGUAAGGCUGGCGCAGGACUCACAGCUGAGGCGCCGCAUGGCGGAUGCGGCCCGCGCUGCGGCGUGUGAGGCUACCUGGGACAAGAUCAACAACAAAGUUGCCUGGCGUAUGGCGGAUACCAUCGCUGAGCGACAGCGCGAGCAGGGCGGGGCGCAGCAGGGUGUCCAGUCCGUGCCUGCGGUGGCACAACAGCUCGUCCCCGUCUAUGGCUGGCUGAUGAUGAAUGGGGCGAUGCGUGACGUUAUAAUGCGCCGGGUCGUGGACGCGCGGCUCGUGGGCGGCCUGGGGGUCAUCAUCUCCUUCUGGGUGGUCACUGGCAUUUACAUGGCCUUCACUGAACUCCUGCUAUGGACGAAGGGGCGCAUGCGGGCCGGGGAACGCAGGGCCAGCGUGUCGGUCGCAUAG